ACUGUUUACACGAGGAGCGGCCCCAGCCUUCGGCCUCAGUCAGGCGCUCGGCUCCGUUUCGGCUUCACUUCCGGUGAGGGGCCGCCUUCGAGCGGGCGGCGAGCCGACGGCGAGCGCGGGCGGCGGCGGUGACGGCGGCGCGGCUGCCAGGGGGCGUGCAGCAGCGCGGCGGCGGCGGCAGCGGCAGCGGCAGCGACAGCGGCAGGGCCUCGAGCGCCCACAGCCCACCUCUCGGGGGCGGGCUCCCGGCGUGAGCAGGGCUGACGAGAAGAUGGAGGAGCUGGUGGUGGAAGUGCGGGGCUCCAAUGGCGCUUUCUAUAAGGCAUUUGUAAAGGAUGUUCAUGAAGAUUCAAUAACAGUCGCAUUUGAAAACAACUGGCAGCCAGAGAGGCAGAUCCCAUUCCAUGAUGUGAGAUUCCCACCACCUGUAGGUUAUAAUAAAGAUAUAAAUGAAAGUGAUGAAGUUGAGGUUUAUUCCAGAGCAAAUGAAAAGGAGCCUUGCUGUUGGUGGUUAGCCAAAGUGAGGAUGAUAAAGGGUGAGUUUUAUGUGAUAGAAUAUGCAGCCUGUGAUGCUACAUACAAUGAAAUUGUCACAAUUGAGCGCCUAAGAUCUGUGAAUCCCAACAAACCUGCUACUAAGGAUACUUUUCAUAAAAUCAAGCUGGAAGUACCAGAAGACUUACGGCAAAUGUGUGCUAAAGAAUCUGCACAUAAAGAUUUUAAAAAGGCAGUUGGUGCCUUUUCUGUAUCUUAUGACCCAGAAACUUAUCAGCUUGUCAUUUUGUCCAUCAAUGAAGUCACCUCAAAGCGAGCACAUAUGCUGAUUGACAUGCACUUUCGGAGUCUCCGCACUAAAUUAUCGCUGAUCCUGAGAAAUGAAGAGGCCAGUAAGCAACUGGAGAGUUCAAGGCAGCUUGCUUCAAGGUUUCAUGAACAGUUUAUCGUUCGAGAAGAUCUGAUGGGUCUAGCUAUUGGUACUCAUGGUGCUAAUAUCCAGCAAGCUAGAAAAGUACCUGGAGUCACUGCUAUUGAUCUAGAUGAAGACACCUGCACAUUUCAUAUUUAUGGAGAGGAUCAGGAUGCAGUAAAAAAGGCUAGAAGCUUUCUUGAAUUUGCUGAAGAUGUAAUACAAGUUCCAAGGAAUUUAGUAGGUAAAGUAAUAGGAAAAAAUGGAAAACUGAUUCAGGAAAUUGUGGACAAAUCAGGAGUUGUGAGGGUGAGGAUUGAGGCUGAAAAUGAGAAAAAUGUCCCUCAAGAAGAGGAAAUAAUGCCACCAAAUUCCCUACCUUCCAAUAAUUCAAGGGUUGGACCUAAUUCCUCUGAAGAAAAAAAACAUUUAGAUUUAAAGGAAAAUAGUGCCCAUUUUUCUCAGCCUAAUAGCACAAAAGUACAGAGGGUGGUAGUGGUUUCAUCAGUUGUAGCAGGGGAAUCCCAGAAACCUGAACUCAAGGCUUGGCAGGGCAUGGUACCAUUUGUUUUUGUGGGAACAAAAGACAGCAUCGCUAAUGCUACUGUCCUUUUGGAUUAUCAUCUGAACUACUUAAAGGAAGUAGACCAGUUGCGUUUGGAGAGAUUACAAAUUGAUGAGCAGUUGCGACAGAUUGGAGCUAGUUCUAGACCACCACCAAAUCGUACAGAUAAGGAAAAAGGCUAUGUGACUGAUGAUGGUCAAGGAAUGGGUCGAGGUAGUAGACCUUACAGAAAUAGGGGGCACGGCAGACGCGGUCCUGGAUAUACUUCAGGAACUAAUUCUGAAGCAUCAAAUGCUUCUGAAACAGAAUCUGACCACAGAGACGAACUCAGUGAUUGGUCAUUAGCUCCAACAGAGGAAGAGAGGGAGAGCUUCCUGCGCAGAGGAGACGGACGGCGGCGUGGAGGGGGAGGAAGAGGACAAGGAGGAAGAGGACGAGGAGGAGGCUUCAAAGGCAACGACGAUCACUCCCGAACUGAUAAUCGUCCGCGUAAUCCAAGAGAGGCUAAAGGAAGAACAGCUGAUGGAUCCCUUCAGAAUGCCUCCAGUGAAGGUAAUCGGCUGCGCCCGGGUAAAGAUCGAAACCAGAAGAAGGACAAGCCCGACAGUGUGGAUGGUCAGCAACCACUAGUGAAUGGAGUACCCUAAACUGCAUAAUUCUGAAGUUAUAUUUCCUAUACCAUUUCCGUAAUUCUUAUUCCAUAUUAGAAAACUUUGUUAGGCCAAAGACAAAUAGUAGGCAAGAUGGCACAGGGCAUGAAAUGAACACAAAUUCUGCUAAGAAGUUAUUUUUUGAUAUUGGCCAUAAGCAACAAUCUCUCAAACUUGCACAAAAUGAUGAAAUUAAAGCAUUGCUUUUAAGUAUACUUAGUACUUCAGGGCAGGAUUUUAAUUAUACUUUUCAAAGUACUGAGCAGUGAUGUCCUUUAUUCAUUUGGACCAUUUUUCCUGCAUUGGGUAAUAACUCAUCAGGAUGUUUUAGUUUUUCUCAAAAAAUAGCAUUUAUAGGAAUCAUACUAGACUUCUGUUUUCAAUCUCAUAUAGAAGUCUCCAUGAAAUGCGUGUCAUUUCAUGUCCUGUGUCAGUUUAUGUUUUGGUCCACUUUUCCAUUAUUUUAGUGGACCCUGAAAUGUGUGUGAUGUGACAUUUGUCAUUUUCAUUAGCAAAAAAAAAGUUGUAUGAUCUGUGCCUUUUUUAUAUCUUGGCAGGUAGGAAUAUUAUAUUUGGAUGCAGAGUUCAGGGAAGAUAAGUUGGAAACACUAAAUGUUAAAGAUGUAGCAAACCCUGUCGAACAUUAGAACUUUAUAGAAUGCAUGCUCUCCAUAUUUUUUUCCUUACAUAAACAUCAGGUUAGGCAGUAAAGAAUAGGACUUGUUUUUCUGUUUAUGUUUUGUUGCACUGAAGUUUGACAAAUAGUGUUACUGAAAGGGAUGUGAAAUUUUUCUGUAUAGACAGGAGAAGAAAUAACUCUUUUCAUUUGAGAGAGGCUAACAUGUCUUCAGCUAGGAACAAAUCUUCCUGGUUGAAAGUUAGUGGGAUAUGCCUGCUCUUUGGCCUGAUGACCAAUUUUAACUUAGAACCUUUUUUAUUUUGUCCUCCCCAAAUUUUGUGAAGUUUUUCCUAGUUUAAAAUCAAGCUUAUUUUGGGGAGAUAGGAAAGUUGUUUUCAUGUAUACAUAAUAACCCUGUGAAGUACAGGUACUUUGUCUAAGAAACAUUGGAAGCAGGUUAAAUGUUUUGUUAACUUUUAAAUAUAAAGUCUAAUGUAUACGCAGAAUUGAAAAGCAUACUAGGCUCAAUUAACAGUAAUACUUUUUUUCCCCUAUUUUUUAGUUUUGAUGUGAUUUUGAUUUUGGUUUUGAGCUUUUUUUUUAAUGAAAAAAAAAUUACUGAGGAAAAAUAUGUGAAAGACCUUCACUCCUAAGAUGUUAUAUUUUUCUUAAAAAAUAACUCCAUGUAGGGGUACCACCGAAUCUGUACAGAGCCGUACAAACUGAAGUUCGGUAUUUUGUGAGUUUGUUUUUUUUUUUUUUCAUUUUCAUUUUACAGUUACUUUUCCUUGCAUACAAAUAGGCAUAUAAAAAGGCAACAAACUGCACAUGAUUUCACAAAUAUUAAAAAGUCAUUUAAAAAGUAUUGCCAAACAUUAAUGUUGAUUUCUAGUUAUUUAUUCUGGGAAUGUAUAGUAUUUGAAAACAGAAAUUGGUACCUUGCACACAGCAUCAUCUGUAAGCUGUUCGGUUUUAAAAUACUGUAGAUAAUUAACCAAGGUAGAAUGACCUUGUAAUGUAACUGCUCUUGGGCAAUAUUCUCUGUACAUACUAGCGACAACAGAUUGGAUUUUAUGUUGACAUUUGUUUGGUUAUAGUGCAAUAUAUUUUGUAUGCAAGCAGUUUUAAUAAAGUUUGAUCUUCCUCUGCUAAAUUGAUGUUGAUGCAAUCCUUACAAUGAUUGCUUUUUAAAUUUUAAGAUAGGAAAAGAAGAAAUCUCUGAGUUGCAUUCUGUUACAAAAUGUAACUGUUACCAUUGGAAAUUUCACAUAUAGGAAGUUAGCCGUUAAUCUACCAACAUUAUCUACCAACUUUCGAGAACUUAAUUUUGUUUAAUAAUAAAGUGAAAAAACCAACAAUGUGGUACAAAACUACAGUGUACCAUUACAAUAUGCACUAAGUCUCUUUUUUACAAAGGCUGGAUUCAGCAAGGCGCUAACUUGCUUAAAUGUGAAUUACUAACUUCUAAAACUGUAAUUUGAUUCACAUGUUUUCAAAUGGAGUUGGAGUUGAUUCAUAUUACAAUAUUUGUGUGCAAAUGUGUAUGUUUUUCAGUUCAAAGUCAUGAUGUUUUUAAAAUCUUAUUAAAGUUUCAAAAAUCUGAAGAUUGUUUAUCUAGAUGUAAAUUUUUAUUAAAAAGUUGCACUUAUGAAAACACAAAAA